CCCCCAUUCCUAUGCGCCGUGCAUCGUCUCCUCCACCAUGCCCCACCACCCUGACCAGCAGGCGCGGCGAUGGGCAAGCACCCCGCGCUCGACCUCGAAACUGCGGCGGUGCCACCGCGCACGGUUGCGCCGCCGCCCGCUCAGCCUUGGCACUCGUGGCUUGUGCCCCUCUUUACGGUCGCGAAUGUAUCUCUCUUUGUGCUCACCAUGUAUUUGAAUGACUGUCCUCGCAAUGAACCAGUGGGUCUUGGUGGGAAAAUGAAGGAAAAGUCCUCCUGCUUGUUUGUUAGGUCGCUUGGGAGGUUCGCGUUCCAGCCGCUGGACGAGAACUCCUUCCUUGGGCCGUCAUCCACCACGCUUGACUUUAUGGGUGCUCUAGAUUGGAAGAAAGUGGUUUUUGAACAUGAAUGGUGGCGCCUUUUUGCCUGCAUUUGGCUGCAUGCUGGAGUUGUUCAUAUAGUUGCUAAUAUGUUCAGCCUCCUAUUUAUUGGAGUUCGUCUUGAAGAAGAGUUUGGUUUUGUGAGAAUUGGAGCACUGUAUUUCCUUUCUGGCUUUGGCGGGAGCUUGUUAUCCUGUCUCUCUUUCCAGCAAAAUAUAUCAGUUGGUGCAUCUGGUGCUCUUUUCGGAUUACUAGGGGCCAUGCUUUCUGAGCUCUUUACAAAUUGGACAAUAUAUGCAAACAAGUGUGCAGCAUUAUUGACUCUUAUGUUCAUUAUUACCAUCAAUCUAGCAGUUGGAAUCGAUCCACAUAUAGAUAACUCUGCUCAUAUUGGAGGAUUCAUUUCGGGGUUUCUACUUGGAUUUGUUCUUCUUAUACGACCUCAGUUUGGGUGGAUCAGUCGUAGAUACAUUCCUCCUGGAUAUGACAUGGGGCAUGUUAAACCGAAGUACAAAAUGUAUCAGUAUAUUUUGUGGGUUAUUGCUUUCAUCUUCCUGAUGAUGGGCUACGUCGGUGGGUUGAUCAAGCUUUAUAGUGCACAUCCACUGGACAAUUGACCCUGUUCUAUUAGAAUGUCUUGUACUAACAUACUCGUUUCAGGCUAUCCUAGAAUGCACAUCAAGAUGCUAUGCAUUGCAAGAUGCAUACUAGUCAAUCUUCAUGUGGCAAAUGGAGCAAAACUUAGUCUAUUUCUUGAAGCUGAGGGAAUGGGAUACAGGUACCCUGGUCUUCCAUGGCAGAGCAGAUGAUCAAAUAAGCUAGGAUUUUGCAAACCCAGAUUGUGUUUGAUUGACUGGGAGAUGGUCCAAUCAACUGUGGAUAAAUUGUGAAAUGGAAGGAAAUAUUUAGGCCAAAAGCUACAUUGGUUGGAUGGCCUAAUUCCAGACUGCAAUCUAGAAUGCUUUUUCUCCGAAGUUUAUUUUAAUCUAUGUAUAAUUUUGUCUUUUUAAUAGUGAAAAGGCAUUGAAGUCGUGCACCCCAAA